AUGCAGAAGAACGACACUGACCAGCCACCGUCGCUGGCUCAGCUCUUGAGAGAGAGCUACCUGGCGGAGGCCAGAGCUCAGCAGCGCCACAGCGAGAUGAGCCGCUCGGACGCUUCCUCCUCGCGCCUUCAGAUCUACGCGUCACUCAAAGGCAAGGCCGAGGACUCUGUGGGCCACGGGGAUCCCCAGUUCCCUGACCUCUCGGCCUUCCUCAGCAAAGAGGAGCUGGAUCAGAGUGUGAACCUGGCCCGCCAGGCCAUCGGGCAUGAGCCUCGGGAGGAGAGGGCAGAGGUCAAGGCCUCUGUCACACCAUUAACCCCCUCGAGCAUCUCCUCAGCCUCUUCCUCUGAACCCCCAUCUGUUGCGAGCCCUUCUCUCGCCCCCUCCGCUGUGCCCGUCAGCAAACCAGCCUCUGAACUUAAAGAACUGCCAGCAUUCACAUCGGACAGAAAGAUGCCCAAAGCGUCCGCACGGCAGGAAAACAUGAGCAGGAGCACAAGGGACGCCGGUGAGGGAUCCAACGAGUCUGACGGGCCGGGGAGGAACGCCCCGUACGGUCCGGAGACCCAGUCCAAGAAGGAGUUUCUCAACAAGGCGGCAGACUUCAUUGAGGAGCUCUCCUCGCUCUUCAAGGCCAACAGCUCCAAACGACCACGGCCGAGGUCGGGCAAAUCCCACAGGAGUAGGAACCCGAACAAGAGCCACGACGAUGGGGCAGUUUGUCCCCUCGGCCCAGACAACAGGGAGCGCUCCGUCAUGCCCGUGGAGGUGGAGGAGGAGAGACCCAGCCCCGCUGUUAGCGUCCAACCAGAGGCCCAGCCGGACUCUGGGAUUGGGCGUGUGGACUUUCAGGACAGCAGGAUUACCGAGGAGCCGCAGUGUGACCGCGUUUCCCAGGAGGAGGAGGCUGAAAGCUGUGCCCUUGUAGAAAGGCCGUACCCAGCGGAGCCGGCGUGUGAGCCUCCUUUCUUCGUCCAGAAACUGAAAAGCAGGGAGGUUCUCGAGGGCAGCAAGGUCCAAUUGGACUGCAUUGUUAGAGGACUCCCUGUGCCUGAAGUCCGGUGGUUCUGCGAGGGCAAGGAGCUGGAGAACAGCCCUGACAUUCAGGUCAUCACCGACGGCGAGCUGCACUCUCUGAUCAUCGCAGAGGCCUUCGAGGAAGACACCGGGCGCUACUCUUGCUUCGCAUCCAAUUUCUAUGGCACGGACUCGACGUCGGCGGAGAUCUAUGUCGAAGGUGCCUCCUCUUCGGACUCUGAGGGGGAGCAGCACUUUGAGCAUGUAGCCGAGCCGCAGAAGAAAUCUUCACCCCCGACAUCGAGCCAAACUCUCUCUGCGGAAGAGGGAGACUCUCCGUCGUCCCAACUUGCGGCAGCCUCUGAGGAUCCAGAGGUGCAGAUCUCCUCUCCAACAACCAACCCGAUAAUCCCAGAACCUCCUCUCACGGCACCGACAUCGGCCCCCGUGCGUCCAGUCUCUGAGCCCUCGUGGACAUCUGUGGCAUCCACAGCUCGCCCGGCUCCGGAGGAGGCACCACUGCCACCUGUGCAGGUGUUUGCCGCGUUGCCCCCUGACCUUUCAGAAGCCCAGGAGGUGUCAACAUCUGCCGCACCACUGCAAACGGCUGCAUCGAGAGCGACGCCACUGCCUUUGAACGCAGCGGGCUCGCCUGCGCUGCCUGUCCUCUCCGCUCCGACACAGACGCCCCAGCCUGAGAGUCAAACCUCCAACUCCAACUAUCCACAAGGGUUGGACGGCCAACCCAUCAUGGCGGCCCCGGUGUUCACAAAGAGCCUGCAGGACCUCCUUGCGUCAGAAGGCCAGCUGGUGGUGCUAGAGGGCCGUGUGAAAGGGGUACCGCCACCCCGAGUGGACUGGUACAGGGAGGGGAAAACCAUCGAGGACUCUCCUGACUUCAGGAUCCUGCAGAAGAAGGGAAUAUGCACUCUGGUCAUUGCUGAGGUCUUUCCUGAAGAUUCUGGGAUGUUUACGUGCACAGCGAGCAACAAGUACGGAACCGUGUCCAGCGCUGCGACUCUAAGGGUCAAAGGCAAUGGCAGCAACGGCAGCCAUGGGAGGCCUUUCAGCAGUUUGACAGCGAAGCCCAAUCUAAUCCAAGGUCCUUCAUCAGCUCCCACCAUGAACCCUGAACCAGAGGUUACUGUGACCAGCAGCAAUAAGCCCCACUCCAGCACCAUUCGCCUCGACCCGCUUGUCUCGAGCACCGUAUGUCUGGACCCCUUGAGCACCAGCACUCUCCAUCUUGACCCCCAUGGCUCCAGCAUGUUGCGUCCAGACCCCUUCCGCACCAGUCUUCACAGUCUGGAACCCUCCAGCCUGAGCAGCGGCUCCUGCCUCAGCUAUCGCAGCACCAGCACCCCAAACCUAGAUCCUCUCUGCCUCCACCAGAACCCUCCUGGAUCCAGUGGACCACAUCCAGAACCACAGAGCCGCGGACAGGUGCUCUCGUACCCAAUACCCUUCACGUCUCAAUUUGCGGCUGAGCAGGAAGCGUCCCCACCUUCGAUGACAUCGCUUGACACGAGUCCCAAAGUCAAGGGGACCCUAAACCAUCAGAAUGGGAGCCUCGUUGUGGUGCCCCUCCCCGAUCCCCCUGCUAACUCCUGCCUAAAGACGGGUGCCCCGACGAACCACAAAGACUCCCGCGUCGGCUCCAGGGUCGGCCUGCGUGUGCACUUCAAACUGCCCGAAGAUGAGGAGGAUGAACAAAGUGACGCAUCCAGCCAGUUGGAUGAGGUUCUCAACAGAGGACCACCACCAGUGCUGGCUAAACCCAAACUGGACCCGGUCCAGCUUCAGCUCCUGCACAAUCAGGUCCUCAUGGAGCAGCUGCAGGAGACCGAACCUCAGACCCAGACCCAGCCUCAGACCCACAGCCAAUUACAGAUCCAGAUCCAGCCCGAGGUCCAAGGCUUCAACGAAGGUCCUCUGUGGUCACCCCGAGUGCAGCGUGAACCCCAUCCGCCACUUUUCCAGCCCUUCCUUAACACCACGUCGCCCCCGCAGCAAACGCCCCAGUCUGCACCUCCGCUGACCACCGCUCCCCCUGCUCCCUCUCUGAGCUCCGCUCCAGCUCUCAACACCACCUAUUCGCCUCUUCUCGACACUUAUCCUCUGAGCUCCCCUCCUUCAGUUACUCAGCUAAAGACUCCUUCCCUGUUGACCUCUCCUCCGCCUGUCCCACAGCUGAAAACUGCCCCCCCUUUCAGUAUAGCUCCUGUAACCCAUAUGAACACCAUCCAUGCCUCCCACCUCAACUUCUCCCCUGCAGCUCUUGCCAGAACUGCACCUACCCCCCAAUUCUUCCCUCCUCCUGCACCAAAGUUCAGCACGACCCUUACCGGUCCGACCUCGGCCUUAGAGCAGAUCACAUCUCCUGCUGCGCUACUGAGAAGCACCCACGCCUCCCUCAUGAACCUCACCGCCACCUCCCACACCUUCAACUACGCCCGGCCCAAAGAGUUCAUCGCUGCUCAGGCCUUCUCCCCAGUCAGGAGUCCUUCUCCGACAGAGUCACCGGUCCCUCUGCUCCAGGAGCUGGCCGCUGAGCUCAACUCCUCCGCGGCCAGCUCCCCUACUCUCCCACCGUUCUCCCCGCCACCCAGGAUCUUCCCCACGAGGGUGCUCAAGUCCCCCACCAGCCCUCCCUCCCUCGUUUCCUCACCCACAACGGUGUCGGCGGCCUUCCUGAACAGCCUGUUCGCCAUAAGAGCCCAGUCGCCUCUCCAGGCCUCCUCUCCCACGUCCAGCAGCUCCACCCCCAGCCCCAUUCAGAACCCCGUGGCGUUCCUGAGCUCCGUCCUGCCGUCCCUGAGCCUGAGUCAGCCCACCAACUCAAUGGGCCUGCCCAAGGGAGCUCCUUUAGGGUUAAAAAAGAACGUCCCAAAGGUGCACCUCCGGUCGAUUGAAGACAUUCGCGAAAGCAAAGAAAUUCUUCUCCACGAUAUUGAGAAAAAGCUUCAAUUUAAAGACUAUACUCCACAUUUUGCACAUCAACAGAAGCUGAGUAAUGAGGGGAAAACAGCGAGCAGACCCCUUGGACCAAACAUUCCUGCUACUGUCAUUAACUAUGAUGAGGCGUACAAAGUGUCCAAUUUCGAGCAGAGGCUAAUGAGCGAGAUCGAAUUCCGCUUGGAGCGGACGCCGGUGGAGGAGUCGGACGACGAGGUGCAGCACGACGACGUGCCCACGGGACGAUGCAUCGCGCCCAUAUUUGACAAGAAGCUGAAGAACUUCAAAGCCAUGGAAGGCGUGCCUGUCACCUUCUCGUGUAAAGUGUUGGGAAUCCCAUCUCCAAAGGUUUACUGGUUCAAGGAUGGCAAGCAGAUCGUGAGGAAGAAAACCCAUUACAAGAAGAUAAGAGAGGGCGAUGGGACCUGCGCUCUACAUAUCGAGUCCACGACCAAUGACGACGACGGCAACUACACCGUCAUGGCAGCCAAUCCUCAGGGACGAAUAAGCUGCUCGGGUCAUUUGUUAGUCCAAACGGGACCUCCCCGAAACCGCCUGACGCCCGUUCACUCUCAGAGGGUGCGAGCCCGCAUACAGGAAGUGGAAAGCGAGCAAACCCAGGAGCAAUUCUUUCGGCCUCACUUCCUCCAGGCUCCGGGGGACAUGCUGGCUCAUGAAGGAAGACUAUGUAGACUAGACUGUAAGGUGAGCGGCCUCCCCAAUCCAGAGCUCAUGUGGUUGGUCAACGGGAGGCCAAUCUAUCCAGACCAUUACCACAAGAUGUUGGUGCGGGAGAACGGCAUCCAUUCUCUGGUCAUUGAUCCUCUGACACAGAACGACGGCGGCACGUACACGUGCAUCGCCAGCAACAAAGCCGGGCAGAGCUCCUUUAGUCUCGAGCUUAAAGUUGUGGAGAAAGAGAUGAAGCACCCUCCCCAGUUUGUGGAGAAGCUGCAGAACAUUGGUAUUCCUGAUGGGACACCAGUCAGGCUGGAGUGCCGGGUGGUGGGCAUGCCCCCUCCCGUCAUCUUCUGGAAGAAAGACAAUGACACCAUUCCUAAAACUAAGGACAGAAUCAGCAUGACCCAGGAUGCAACCGGAUAUGUGUGUCUCCUCAUCCAGCCAACGUCGAAGGACGAUGCUGGCUGGUACACAGUGUCGGCAAAGAACGAGGCCGGAAUUGUGUCCUGCACCUGCAGGCUUGAUAUCUACGCCCGGUGGCAUCAGAGCAUCAUGAAAACGGCUCCGCGUACGGGCAGCCGCUAUGCCGCUCUGACGGGCCAGGGGCUCGACAUCAAGUCGACUUUCCCCACGUCGGAGAACAACCCCAUCCUGUUCUCCAGCUGCCCUCCGGAGGUCAUGCUGGAGAGCGAGGAGCUGUGA